CCCCCGCCGCGGAAUGAAAUCCGGGGCAGGGCAGCGUCGGGGCUCCGCACCCCAAUCGCGCUCUCCGACCGGCUCCCUAGGCGCGAGGGGAGAGCAGUCUGCCCUAGCCGGUCCUUCUCACUCCCGACCUGUCCGCCGCCCGCCGCCCGCCGCCGCUGUCCCGCUGGUGCGAACGCUUCCGACUUGCCACCGCGAGCCUCCCGGGCUGCCGAGCAUGCCCAGUCCGCGGCCCAAGCCGUCCCGGCUUCCCGCGCCACGCGACUCCGCUCCUCCGGGUGUUCGCGGCGGCCGAGGGGGGGGCGGGACGGCCGGGCAGGGUCCGCAGGGGGAUCCUCCCAGGACCGAGCGGGACCCCCGAACCAAGGGACAGUUGCGGUUUGGACCCCUUGAAUUUUACUUUCAAAAAAUAAAGCCUCGGGCGACGCCUGGGAGUGUAAGGGAGGCGCAAGAGCUCUAACCGCCAGAGGUGAAAACUCCGGCUGCGUCAGAGCCGCCCCGCUCCGCUUGGGCCCCACCUCCCGCCGCCCCUCCGAGCUGCGGCGAAAACCUGGAGAGCGGCGAGGCCGGGGCCGGAGCCCGCGCAUGCCCAGUAGCCCCACCUGGUGCGGGUCGCGCGAAGGUUUUCCUCUGCUCACCUAGUGGAGCCUCAGCGGCCAAGUUAGGGUGGACAGCGGGGAGAGCUGGCCUUCCCGCCCCGACGCCCGCCCUGCCUGGCCGGCCCGCGCCGCACCUCGGUGGCCUAGAGGUAGCCCGAGGCCGUCCCUCCCGCGGGGUCGGGGACUUGGCGAGCGGGGGAGGGGGCGCGCGACGGGCUCGGCGUGACACGUGACUGUCCGCGGCGCUUCGGGCAGCCAUCUUCCGCCCGGCCAUCGGGCCGCGGGCGCUCGGAACCGACCCGGGAGCUGCCGGAACGGGAGCGAACGCCGUCCUCUCCCGCCACGCCCUCCCGUCGGGCUCCCGGUGCCGGGCUCUGGCCUCCGCUCGGCACUUGCCUCCGCCUCGCCUUGGGGUACGGGAGUCCUGCACCGACUCCUGGCUUGCCCAGAGGACAGGUUCUCGCCCGGGCCAGAAGCAAACUGGGGCGAAAUUGAGACAGCAAAACUCCGGUGGCGCAGGACCCCAGCUUUUCCCCAGAGGCGGAAGUUGGCGAGGGAGUCUUCUUCCGUUAUCCAGCGAGAGCGCUGCUCCGGCUGCCUCCCGGUUCUAACCUAAUCCCUGCAGAGGAGUGAUGUACCGGCAGGGACGUUGGACAGAGGCCGUGCUCUUCCCUGCGGCGCAUACCCCGCGGCCCCUGCUGGUGGGCAGCUGCGAUGGUGCUGAUGUUCAUAGUGAACAUUUAUUGAGGGCCUGCCUCGAGUCCCUUGGGUUUCCUGGUGUCUCGGGACCUGCCGCGUCACUGUCACCCUCGAAUUUGUUAGAAAUGCACGUUUUCGGCCCCACAUAGACCUACAGAACCAGCAGCUGCGGGUGGGGUCCUGCAAUCUGAUUAACAAAGCCCUCCAGGUAGUUGUCAUGGACGCCUCUAUAUUUCAGCUAAGCAGUCCAUUUUAAUAAGCUGGGCAGUGAAAAUUUCCAUAGUUUUCCCCAAAGCACAGUGAGGAGUCAGGGAUUCAAAAAGAGGCAAUCUGCCCCAAUGCAGGCGUUUUAUUGCACCCUCCACUCCUGGCUCCUCUGGCUUUUUAGCCUUUAAGACGCAGUACUGCUCUUCUCAGGAAAAUUAGGAAGGGACAUUUGUCACAUACGUUUGUCAAGUACGGCUUUAAAAUAACUGAAAUUCAGUUCAACUGCAUGUUUUGAGUAUCUACUGGGGGAAAGGCUCUGAAGUAUAGUAGCCCUACUGGUUAUUUUUGUCAGUUUGCACCUAAAAGGUGAAAGGAAGGCUUGCUUUCUUGUGAUGUAAAUUUUUUCAAACUAAGCGAGUGCCAGAAAACUGCUGGCUGAUUUCUCUCCCGUGUUGGUUUCUCUCCCGUGCUAUCCAGAACGUGCUGUAAGCUUUGAACUUCCUGAAACUCAAGUAAGCAUCUGGUCUUUGAUGUACUUUAAAAUGCACCCCACCCCCCGCAUGCAAGAUAACUAAAUUUUUCAAAAUAUUAAUACUUCUUGAAUGUAAAUGGUGUGUCUAGGGUACUGGCAUAAUUUUUUUUCUAAUUUUCCGUUUGUUUGAAAUGUUUCAUAAUAAAA